UUCCCUUUCGUCUCACGUCUUCUUUGUAGAACACUAAAACCCUUAUUUUUCCAUUAAUUUUCCUUUCUUUUUUGUGUUUUAAGAUCUGCAUGGUGAACUCCAUUAUGGCAGUAUAAUUUUUGUAAUUUUUUCAAGUUUUAAGGAAUUUUAAAAUCUUAUUUCUUUAACGGUCGACGCCGGAAUUUCGAACUGUAGGGUAAAAAAACGGCGUCAUUCCCGUCGUAAUUAGGGUUUUCCCGCUGCUUCCUUUUGAGGGGGUAGCCGGGGCCUCGGCCUCGGCGGGUUUCAAAGCCCCCAACCUUUGAAAAAGAUUUAUCAAAUCUAGCAUUUUUUUGUUACACCGUCGGGGAUGCCGGUCAUGGCUUGCUGCGUAGACUCCGCCGUAGCGCCUCCUGGUCACGCGGAUGCCGGGGAUACAUCCAUUCCCUCGCCGGUACCUUUUUUAUCAUCUAACGCGGCCGCAGUUACCGCUGCCGUGGCUAAUUCCGAGUCAAGCCAUUGGUCCCCCGCUCACUCUUCUGCAAUUUAUCGUAUUGACGAAUGGGGUGCCCCUUACUUUUCCGUCAACAGCUCCGGCAAUGUCGUCGUCCGCCCGUAUGGUACGGGCACUUUGGCUCAUCAGGAAAUCGACUUGCUGAAAAUCGUUAAGAAAGUUUCGGAUCCAAAAUCGGCGGGCGGACUCGGGUUACGGCUUCCCCUCAUUGUUCGUUUACCCGAUGUGCUGAAAAACCGGGUCGAGUCACUGCACUCGGCUUUUGAAUCAGCCAUACAAGCUCAAUGUUACGAGUCUCAUUAUCAAGGCGUUUAUCCCGUGAAAUGUAACCAAGACAGGCUCGUCGCGGAAGACAUAGUCAAAUUCGGGGCUCCAUUCCGGUUCGGGUUGGAAGCCGGGUCAAAACCCGAACUUCUUUUGGCCAUGAGUUGCCUUUGCAAAGGAAACCCCGAAGCAUUAUUGGUCUGCAAUGGUUUCAAAGAUGCUGAGUAUGUUUCCCUUGCUUUGAUAGCAAAGAAGCUCGCGUUGAACACUGUGAUUGUUCUUGAACAAGAAGAAGAGGUGAAUUUGGUCAUUGAUUUAAGCAAUAAGCUCUCGGUUCGACCCGUGAUUGGGAUACGGGCCAAGCUGAGAACCAAACAUUCGGGUCAUUUCGGGUCUACUUCGGGUGAAAAAGGGAAGUUCGGGUUAACGACGACCCAAAUUUUAAGGCUCGUAAAAAAGCUCCAGGAUUCUGGGAUGCUUGAUUGUUUGCAGCUGUUACACUUCCAUAUUGGAUCACAAAUCCCUUCAACCGCUUUGCUUCAAGACGGUGUCGUUGAAGCUACACAGAUAUACUCCGAAUUAGUCCGACUCGGUGCCUGCAUGAAGGUUAUCGACAUCGGAGGCGGCCUUGGAAUUGAUUACGACGGUUCGAAAUCUGGUAACUCCGAUCUCUCUGUUUCUUAUGGCCUUGAGGAAUAUGCCUCAGCUGUUGUUAAUGCAAUUCGCAUUAUUUGUGACCGUAAAUCUAUUAAACACCCCAUUAUUUGUAGUGAAAGUGGGAGAGCCAUUGUUUCCCAUCAUUCUAUCUUGAUAUUUGAGGCUAUUUCUGCUACUGUUAACACCCCAGCAAUGAAUCAAAUUGACCUCCCUUUGAUCAUUGAGGGGUUAUCAGAGGAUGCUCGUUGUGAUUAUUGGAAUUUGAGUGAUGCAGCAAUGAGACAUGAGAAUGAGACUUGUUUGCUAUAUGCCGAUCAAUUAAAACAAAGAUGUGUGGAGCAGUUUAUAGAAGGGAGUUUGAGGAUUGAACAGCUUGCUGAUGUUGAUGGGUUAUUUGAUUUGGUUUCGAAAGUGAUUGGUGCAGCUGAGCCUGCUAGGAUAUACAAUGUCAAUCUCUCGAUUUUCACUUCGAUCCCGGAUUUUUGGAGUAUUGGUCAGGUUUUUCCUAUAGUCCCAAUUCACCGAUUGGAUGAAAAGCCCGAAGUGAGGGGAGUAUUGUCUGAUUUAACUUGUGAUAGUGAUGGGAAGAUUGAUAAGUUCAUCGGUGGUGAAACUAGCUUGCUUUUGCAUGAGCUUGAAGGUAAUGAUGGUGGUGCAAAUGGGCGGUAUUAUUUGGGGAUGUUCUUAGGUGGGGCUUACCAGGAGGCCCUUGGUGGUGUCCACAACCUGUUUGGUGGCCCGAAUGUUGUUAGUGUGUUGCAAAGUGAUGGUCCACAAAGCUUUGCUGUUACGCGGGUGAUGCCUGGUCCAUCAUGUGCAGAUGUCCUUCGGAUGAUGCAGCAUGAGCCUGAGCUCAUGUUUGAGACCCUCAAGCACCGUGCUGAAGAAUUUCAUGUGGAGGACCAUGACAAUGAUGGCACCAAUUAUGCUACUUUAAUCAGCAGCCUCGCUCGCUCCUUCCACAACAUGCCAUAUCUCAAAGCUUUAUCUCCUUGUUCAUAGGAGGAAGUUCACAAUGCUGCCGCGGAGUUUGGUGCUAGUGAGGACGAGCAAUGGUCUUACUGCUACGCCUGAUGCUGCCUUUGAAGUGUCCUCGUUUUAAUAAAUUCUUUCUUUUUACCUUCUAGUUGUUGAUUUCCAUCUUUUGUGAGCAAAAGAUGUUAGUUAGCAUAAAGGGUCAUUUUGCAUUUUCAAGGGAAGGAGAGAUGGGAAGCGAAUCCCGCACUUUUAUGUAAAUUCGGGUUCUUAUACUCUCUUGUUCACGUUUCUUUUUCAGUAAAACUUUUUCGGUUCUAUAGCUUAAAAA